UUAUUUUGAUAUUGGGUUUUUGCUACUAAAAUUGUAGUGCAAUUGGUGUUGAAAAGCUGAAUUUCAGUAUGUUGGCAUAGAUUUAGUAUUCUAAAAUCAUCGGUUGAUAAAACGAUCUUUAGUUUAAGAAUCACGUUUGAAGUAGAUGCUGUUAGGUUUAGUUCGCCCCCUUAUGGCCAUUCUUAGAUCAUUCGUGAUUCGGGCCUAGGCGUUUGAGCGUGGAGUACAGUAAGGUUGAAAAGCCACAUAAUUGCAGGAUCAUGCAACCCAGAAGUAAAGUUGCGCUAACGAGUUAGAAAAAUAUUUAUCUGCUUAACGCAGAGCAAAAGAGAACGAAUAUAGUCAUAUUUGUCUUCAGAUUGCAGCAUCUCUUUAUUAUUAUACGCGGCUUUAUUCAGGUGAUAGUUUUUCCCCUGUAACCAAGUCGUGGCCACCCCACUAAAGAAGGGGUGAUUUCAGCACUGCAGAAAUCCAGCCUGAAAGUCUGUUCAGAUGAGAAUGUCCCUGGCGCAGAGAGUGCUGCUGACGUGGUUCUUCACAUUGCUGUUUCUGAUCUUGCUGGUACUAAAACUCGAUCAAAAAGCUCUUGUGAACUGGUUUCUUAUUUUCAUCCCAAAAUGGGCUCUUGAUGUCAUACUACUAGUCAUGUUGACUGUAAGCAUGGUCGGUCAGUGUAAAUCCGGCUAUGACCAUAGGAAUGGUUCACAGAAUAUGAAGAGAAAAAUGUGGUACCUGAUGGCUAUGCUGCUAAAUAUAGCAUUUUGUUUAACUCUUUGUGCAAUGCUGGAAAAGCAUGUCAACCUGAAACUUACUUUUGCCUUCAUUCCACUCUGGGCACUGUUGAUUGGAGGGAUGCUUGAACUUGGGUAUAGUAUAUUUUGCAGCAAUCUAACUCCAAAUUGUCCUUGAUCUCAAGUAGUACACUUGAUAUUUCCAAAGAAUUUCAGCCACUCUUGCACUAGAUAUGUUCAUCAGGAGAAAAACUUAAAACCACGUUUGAGAGAGUGGUUAGAUUUUCACAAGACAUUUUAAAGCAGCUUUGUUUGAACAACCGUGUUUUGAAUGUGUGAUUUGUUUUUGUUUUUUCCUCCAUUAAGCCUUUCAUAAAAUUCUAAACAGAAUGAGAGGUUUUUAUGUGAAAGUCUGCUACAAAUCAGAACACAAGUCCUUAAGCAUGUUGCUAGUGUGGUUGAAGUAUUUUUGUUUGUUCAGACAGCUUGGACUGGAACAGUUCUGUACCAAUGUGAUUACAAAAUUGCAGAGCAAAAACUUUUGUAAUAACUUUAAUAAAAAUGAGGAAAAAGGCAAACUUAAAUGUUUUUCUUCUACGUUCAGUAAUGUUUGUCAUAGUAAUGUGUUGUAAACAUAGCACUUCAUAGAAUUGACUGAGAUUUCUGAUCUUGGAAAAAUGCUUGUAAUGUCAGUAUUUAAUAAAAGGUUACUAGAGGUCCACAUA